UCAUGUCCCGCCCAGGCCGUGUCUCAAAGGGCAGGGGAAAGACUUGGAGGACACUCGCACGGGCGGGUCCGGUCCUAGGCUCCUUCCCCUAGUGCCUCUACCGCGCUCGCCCUCCUGGAGGCCAUGCGUGCACUGCGGGUUGGCCUGACCCUGGCGCUAGGCGCGGGACUGGGCGCCGCGGCAGAGCACUGGCGGCGUCGGGCGGGGGGGGCGCCCGGGCUGCUGAGCCGGGUGCCAGUGUUGCCCGUGGUCGCGGCCGAUCUGCCCGCGCUGCCGGGAGGGCCGGCGGGCGGCACCGGGGAGCUGGCCAAGUACGGGCUGCCCGGCGUGGCGCAGCUCCGGAGCCGCGAGUCCUACGUGCUGAGCUACGACCCGCGCACGCGCGGUGCACUGUGGGUGUUAGAGCAGCUGCGGCCCGAGCGGCUCCGCGGCGACGGCGACCGCAGCGCCUGCGACUUCCGAGAGGACGACUCUGUGCAUGCGUACCACCGUGCCACCAACGCGGACUACCGCGGCAGCGGCUUUGACCGCGGUCACUUGGCCGCCGCCGCCAACCAUCGCUGGAGCCAGCGGGCGAUGAACGACACCUUCUACCUGAGCAACGUGGCCCCGCAGGUGCCGCACCUCAACCAGAAUGCCUGGAACAACCUGGAGAAGUACAGCCGCAGCUUGACUCGCACUUACCAAAACGUCUAUGUCUGCACGGGGCCUCUUUUCCUGCCCAGGACAGAGGCUGAUGGGAAGUCCUAUGUAAAGUACCAGGUUAUUGGGAAGAACCACGUGGCAGUGCCCACACACUUCUUCAAGGUGCUCAUCCUGGAGGCCACCAGCGGGCAGAUUGAGCUGCGUUCCUAUGUGAUGCCCAAUGCCCCUGUGGACGAGACCAUCCCUUUGGAGCGUUUCCUGGUGCCCAUCGAGAGCAUUGAGCGGGCUUCGGGACUGCUCUUCGUGCCCAAUAUCUUGGCGCGAGCUGGGAACCUCAAGGCCAUCACUGCUGGCAGCAAGUGAGGGAGACUGGACUGGCUCAUAUUAAAGGUGGUUAUUUUUGUA